AGGACAGCAUGUUGGCAAAACGGCACCCGUUGCAUGCCGGAGUCGCUCGGCGCGCCGGGGCGGCGCAAGAGGACUCCUCCGACCCGAAGACCGGCUCGAUCUCGAGGAGGUGGUCGCAGAAGCCAAACGGGUUGUGGACAACGGCACGCUGAAAGACAUGCAAGUGGUCAUGCGAAAAGUGCAGCUGACAGAUCCAGGGAAGUGGAAUGAUUUGGCGACUAAGCCUGAGUUAAAGCAGCAGCUAAAGAAGUUUGUGGCAGAGGCAGCCCUAAAGGCCUUGGAAGAGGACCUGCUCCUGGCGCGACAGCAGCAAGCGAGCGCCCAGCGGCAGGUUGAGACUGCCCAGCGGCAGGUUGAAAGCGCUCAGCGGCAGGUUGAGAGCGCCCAGCGGCAGGUUGAGAGCGCCCAGGAGCAGGAAGCGAUGGCGGUGAGGCGUCUCGCUCGAGCUGCCACCGUCUUGGAGACGGCGGAGGACUCGGGCAAUGCGACAAAGGUGCAGGAGGCCAAGGAGGAGGUUCAGGAGGCGAAGAAGGAGGUUCAGGAGGCGAAGAAGGAGGUUCAGGAGGCGAAGAAGGAGGUCCAGGAAGCGAAGAAGGAGGUGCAGGAGGCGGAGGUCAAGGAGGCGAAGGCAAGCGGCCGGACGAAGGAGUCCGAGGUUGAGCUCCCUCGUUUUAACGCCGCAGAUCUCUCGGACUUGGAAGACCGCUUUUUGAACCGCCGAAUCAACAACAAGAAUGAGAGGCCUUUUGAGGAAAGAGAGGCGGUUGUUGAGAGUGUUGUGGAGCAAAUGGAGGAGAUCCAAAGGAAACAGACCAACAAGCCGACGGUCUUGGCCUUGUACAGCCCGCGGGGCACCGGCAAGACAUCGCUCAUUCGUCAUUUGGCGAAGGUCUCAAACUUUUCCGAAAGUCGACGGUGCGGGCGGCUCUUGGUAUUUGAUGCGUUGACGAUUCCGCCAACGCUGCUGCGCAAAGAUCCUGACUUGCUGGUUUCUGCCAUCAUCUUGUGGCACCUUUGCCAGAUCUUCGAUGGCUACUCUGUGGAGGUGAGCCAAGGGCCACCCAUUGGUUUCCAGACGACGAGGUUCAGCGAUUUGGUCAACAUAUUGGAAUCCAGCCGAUCAUCGCCAGCUGUCAACAGCUUUGAGGCUUGGGUUCGCUUACGUUGCAGAAUCAAGGAAGCUGUUUUCGAGCAGUGGCUUCUGGUGACGGCUGCAGCCUUCAAUGCAACACCAGCCUGCCCUUGCUUACUGUUCCUCGAUCAGGCAGAGCUGCUUGUGAACAGAAAGGUCGAUGAACUGAGCCAACAUCGUGGACAGAAAUCGGUCUUCACCCAAAUAUUGAGCGGAUUCCCGCAGGGGCUUGGCAUGUUUUCCGCAGGCACAGUCAAUAUCCUGCAAGAUAGGCCAUCCGACGAGUACACCAUGCUGAAGGUCCAGAAAGCUCCAGCUCUAGAGCCAUUGUCACUGCAAGCUGCCAGACGAGCCAUGAAAGGCUGGAGGGGUACGCAGUACCAGGAGGAGGAAUUCAACAAAAUUUUCCUCUUCUCUGCCGGGGUACCCCGGCUUUUGGAGGCGGCUUUCCAGACCAGGGGUGAGUUGGCAUCAACUGCUCAGGUUGCACUCAACGCCAUGUCGAAUGAGUUCGAAAGCUCGUACGCGGAUGCAGCGCCUUAUUUCGCUGAGCCCAAAGUGGCUUUGUCGUUGGUUCUUUGCUCGGCGGUUCGAUGGCCUGCAGAAGGCAACCAGUUUGUGCCCGGAACCUCACUAAGGUGGUCAGACAUCUUCAGGGCAGGAGCAGCGUUUCCAAAGAACAAGUCCGUUCUGGUUCCACGGCUGUGGUGGUGUAAGGAUACCAAUGUCAAAGAUGCCCUCCAAAACGACUUGAAACAGCGGAACAUUUCGUUGGAAGGGCUCCUGCCAGAUUUGCUGAAUUACUUGAUAGGGCAGAAAAGGGGCGCCACUGAAAGGGGGCGCCCUUGGGAAGAGCUGGUGGCCAAUUCCCUGGCUGCGCGCUUCCACCUUCACUGCAUAGCAAGAAAUCUGAGUGCUAACGUCACCUGGAUCCCGUUUUUGGAGAUCUACCCUACGGAGGAUCUGCACUUGCGAGCUGUUUUGGAGCCGUUCGAAGUUUGCUGGAGUGAUGGUGUGGAAUACCCGACGGACAAUGAAGCUAGUGUCGAAAGCAAGGUCGGGAAGGCCAUCAAGUCCAACCGGAAUAUCAAGAAUGCUCACCACGACCUUUUGAUCCCUGUGAAGCGGAAGGCGACUCCUAUGCUCGAAUUCAUUGCAGUGCAAUGCUGCUAUGGGUUGCUGAAGACCGCAAGUCAGCUGUCCAAAUCAUGCCAGGACAAGACUAGGAAGCCUCGGAAGGGCAGGAAGGGAGCGCAGGGCAGGACGCCUCAAAAGGAGGAGCACAGAGACGACCUUGCAGACAUGGCAAAUGCGUUGCUCCAGAUUUGCAGCACAUGUGAAGACGGCAGACAAAAAUUUCAGGACGGCUCUUCCUGGGCCAAACGCCAACAGGAGAAGAGAUACUCUCUCAUGAGUUGUAGGUGUAUAAUCCCAGAGAUGGACGUGUUGCAGCUGCUGUGAGUGCAAAAGCGCGCAAGAGAGAGCAAAGAAAGGGAAGAGAAGGGAAGGGAAGAUUCUUUCCUGUAAACAAGCC